UCUUCUUUCUCUUCAUUCUAUUGCGUCUUUUUCUUCAUUUUCCGCAUACCCAUUACUCUCUUCUUAAGAUUUCCUGUAGCAACAACAACCAUGGAAGAGAAAGACCCAGAUAUCUCUUUCAGCAAAUUCCCCUCUAUUUCUCAGAUUAUAGAAGAACUUGGAGACCUCUGGGGCUUAGCCUUACCAACAACCGGCAUGAACUUACUAGUAUUCUUCAGAGCCGCCGUGUCAAUCCUCUUCCUGGGCCGUCUGGGUAGCCUGGAACUCGCCGGCGGCGCCCUCUCGUUGGGUUUCACAAACAUCACGGGCUACUCCGUAAUGAUGGGCCUGGCUUCGGGCCUCGAGUCCGUCUGCAGCCAAGCCCACGGCAGCAAGAACCACGACCUCCUAAUCCUCUCUUUCCAACGCAUGGUCCUAAUCCUCCUCACCGCGUCCCUCCCCAUCGCCCUGCUCUGGCUCAACCUGGAGAGGAUCAUGGUGGCCAUGGGCCAGGACAGGGAAAUCACUGCCAUGGCCGCCACCUACUGCCUCUACUCCCUCCCGGACCUCCUCACCAACACCCUGCUGCAGCCUCUGCGGGUGUUCCUCCGCUCGCAGCAGGCGGCGCGGCCGAUGAUGUUCUGCACGCUGGCGGCGGUGGCGCUGCACGUGCCGCUGAACGUGCUGCUGGUGCCGGUGAUGGGGCUCGGGGUGGCGGGCGUGGCGGCGGCGUCUGUGGCGACCAACGUUAGCAUGGCGGGGAUGAUGGCGGGGUAUUACUGGUGGUGGAAGAACAAGGGAGAGGCCGGUGCCGGGGCGGGGGUGAGGUGGAAGGGAAUUGAGGAGGUGGUAUUUGGUGGCGGCGGCGGUGGUGGUGGUGGUGGCGGAAUGGGAGUGGGAGUGGGAGUGGGAAUGGUGGAGUUGCUGAAGUUGGCGGUGCCGAGCUGUUUGGGGAUAUGUUUGGAGUGGUGGUGGUAUGAGAUAGUGAUAGUGAUGUCAGGGUACUUGCCGAAUCCAACACUGGCCGUGGCUGCAACUGGGAUUCUUAUUCAGACCACUAGCAUGAUGUAUACUGUCCCCUUGGCUCUUUCUUGCUGUGUCUCUACCAGGGUUGGGAAUGAGCUUGGAGCUGGCAAGCCCUACAAAGCCAAGCUUGCAGCCAUGGUUGCCUUAGGAUGCGCUUUCGUGAUUGGCUUCAUCAACGUGACGUGGACGGUUAUACUGAGAGAAAGAUGGGCCGGGCUUUUCACGAAGGACGAGCUCGUCAAGGCCUUGGUCGCAUCGGUUAUGCCAAUCAUGGGCCUGUGCGAGCUCGGAAACUGCCCGCAAACGACGGGCUGCGGCAUCCUCCGGGGCACGGCUAGGCCCGUCGUGGGCGCCCGGGUCAACUUGGGCUCGUUCUACUUUGUGGGCACUCCUGUUGCGGUUGGGCUUGCAUUUGGGCUCAAGGUUGGGUUCGCUGGGCUGUGGUUUGGCCUCAUGUCUGCUCAGCUAGCUUGUGUCGUGUCUAUUCUUUAUGUUGUGCUUUGCCGUACGGAUUGGGAGGCUGAGGCUUUGAAGGCCAGAAAACUAACUGGUUUGGAAAUGAGUGCAUUAGGAGACACAAACCGUGAAGAAGAUGAAGAAAGCAAAAGCUUUUUGGGUGAUAGAAAUGAUAACGUGGAUGAUGUUUUCUGGACAGAAUAA